GUGCUGGCGUCAGGCCGUAGAGGCUGCUGAAGUCGUGGGAGGUUGGACCGGGGCUUUUAAGUGUCGAGCUGGUGCCCGAUAGCUUUUAAGCUUUCGGGUCUGUGCCGCGGGUUUUGGGGCAACCGGUUAAAGGCCCUCAAAACAGUCCGCUGGUUCCCCCACCCCGCCCUUGGCUUAUCUUCACCCUCAGCCGCGAUGCUUCCUCUGGAGAACGUGGUGCUUUGUCGCGAAGCCCAAGUGUCUGCUUUGAUGGCCUUGUUCGGAGAGACAAAGUUUUCCUCUCUUUAACAUCUACCCAAUUGGUCCAAGAUCUGCCAUGUGGAGCCACACAGACGUCAUCAUUUCAGCUUCCCAUCCAUCUUUAUCUAUGGACAUAGAGCUAGUGGAAAGACCUAUGUAAUGGAAACUUUGUUGAAAACUUCAGAGCUUCCACAUGUUAUUGUGAACUGUAUCGAAUGUUUUACCUCAAGGAUACUGUUGGAGCAAAUUUUAAACCACUUGAAUUGUCUCAACUCUUCAAAAGAUGAAAGCACUUCUCAUAUAGCCUGUGAUUCAUUUAAUGAUUUUGUUCGUUUGUUUAAGAAAGUAACUCAAGACCAGGGUGUGGAUGAUCAGACUGUAUAUAUUGUGCUGGAUAAAGCAGAAUAUCUAAGGGAAAUGGAAGCAAAUCUAUUGCCUGCGUUUCUUAGGUUACAGGAACUGACCAAGAGAAAUGUGACUGUUAUCUUUCUCAGUCAGAUUGUUUGGGAAAAAUUUCGACCAAAUACUGGGUGUUUUGAACCAUUCAUCAUGUAUUUCCCUGAUUAUAGCAUAGGACAUCUUCAAAAGAUUUUGUCCCAUGAUCAUCCUCCAGAAUAUUCCGCUGAUUUCUAUGCUGCCUACAUUAAUAUUCUUCUUGGUGUUUUCUACACUGUCUGCAGAGACCUGAAAGAGCUCAGAUAUCUGGCAGCUCUUAACUUUUCUAAAUAUUGCGAACCUGUGGUAAAAGGAGAAGCUAAUGAACGUGAUACCCGUAAAUUGUGGAGAAAUAUUGAACCUCAUUUGAAGAAGGCUAUGCAUACUGUUUAUCUCAGGGAGAUAUCAAGUUCACAAUGGGAAAAAUUACAGCAAGAUGACACAGAAAUGGGACAAUUGAAAGGUCUUUCUGCACAUGCUCACGUAGAACUUCCAUAUUAUUCCAAAUUUAUUCUAAUUGCUGCAUACUUGGCUUCAUACAAUCCAACGAGAACAGAUAAAAGAUUUUUCCUAAAGGCUGUGGUACAGAAGUCAAAAUCCUCUUCACAGCAUCAUGGAAAAAUCAAGAAAGCUAGUUUUAUGAAAAAACAUGAAAAGACUAGCAAUCAUCUUCUUGGACCAAAGCCAUUUCCUCUGGACAGAUUAUUAGCAAUAUUAUACAGUAUUGUGGACAGCAGAGUUGCUCCAACUGCAAAUAUCUUCUCCCAGAUUACUUCUCUUGUGACCCUUCAGCUGUUAACAUUGGUUGGCCACGAUGACCAGCUUGAUGGACCAAAGUACAAAUGCACUGUGUCUUUAGACUUCGUCAGAGCUAUUGCAAGGACGGUGAACUUCGACAUCAUAAAAUACUUGUAUGAUUUCUUGUGAAAACAAGCUUCCCAGCUUCACAUAUGGACACUGUGACAGUGACUAAGCCAAGCUGUGUUCAUCCAUCACUUAGCUGGCCAGGGAGAGGAGUGUUUUGGCUCUAUUGGAUUUGUCCAAACAGGUGCUGGCCCAGCAUGGCAUCCGAUGAAAAUACUCUGAUUGGUCUGGGUGGAUCUGAGCAGAGGACUAUUUACCAGAGACCCUGGAGUAUUUGGAAGCAAUGUGUUAAUUAUAAACAGCAGGGUUUGAGCACAAUCUGUUCUACUCUUAAUGAUGUUAUCUUAACACUGAAAUUGCCUGAAACCCAUUUACUUAGGACUGCAUUUUGCUCUGUGAACUAUCCCCUGCGCUUUGAACGUGCCAGCAGCCCUUGUUUAUAUGCCCAGUUUUUUCACUUCCUCUCUGCAGGAGUCUUUGCAAUUGCCUGCCAAAGCAGCUUUUUCCUAAGGCCACCAUUUUAAGAGAUUGGAAUUGUGAAAUGUAAUAAAUAUAAGGUUAUAUCUAAAUCCAAAUGGGUAUACAUAUAUAUAUACAUAUAUAUAUGUAUAUGUAUAUGUGUGUGUGUAUGUAUGUAUGUAUGUUUAUUUGUAUAGAUCGUAACUUCCUCAAAAUAGAAGGUAAUUUUGAUCAGACAUAGAUCAAUCCUGCAUCUCUGACCAGUUGUGGUAACUGCCAACCUGGAAAGUGCUUAUGUGAUACUUAUGUGGACACGCACUUGCAAUUAACUGUCCGAACUAGAGCUUUAUUAAUGUGAUUAACUUUUGUUUUUAACCACUAGCUAUUAACAUUUUUAUAAUUAAAACUGUGCCUGUUAUGUCAACUUUAGACCUUGGUUCUAAUUUUCUUGUCUAACUUGGUUUUCUGAAGGUACUUCCAGGUUAACAUUUGAAUAUUUGAAAAUUGUUUUAAACUCAUUUAGAAUGCUUAAUAAAAGGGCCUAGUUUAAAUUUCAGUACAAAUGGAAUUUUCAUAUACUUCAUUUUGAAGAAAAACUCAAAUUAUGCACUCCCAGAUAAGAAAUCCUGGUGUACAAUAAUUGCUUGUCACAUAGGAACUAUAACUUAACUAACACAAAGUACAGAUUAAAUAAGUAAUUAUUUAUUUGAUACAUACCCUGUAUUUAGCAGGUAAGGAGAAAGAAGAGGAAAAUAAAUUAUACCCUGCUCUUGGUGGAAGAGAAUAAGGAAAGAUUUUCCUCUCCAAAAAAGAGUUCUAUUCACAGUGAGUGUUAGUAUAUUCCUUCUAUAAUGGCCUCACCCCAACCAUUAGUAGGGGUACACUGGUAAUGUCAAGGCAGGAUCAAUGUUCUACACAUGGAGAAAAUCAUGAGAUUCCCAUGCCAGAAUUCCCAAGCUUCAACAAAAAUGAAGGCAUUUUUAUACAGCCACUUCAAUUAAGAGAAACACCAAGUGGCAGGGCUUCUUAAUCCUUAAUAGUCUGACUUAAUCUAAUAGAUUGGUAUUGGUACUAACAUGUAAGAGAUGGAACUAGUAACAGAGUAUGUUUUUCAGUGCCUGCCUCCUCCUCUCCCCCUACACAAAUUUUGCCAUCAUUAUACCCAAUAGUGUUGGGUGCCCACAGUUUUAUUGUAUUUUCAUUUAUUUUAUUCAAUAUUUCGAUUACAUUUUUUUUGGUGGGGCAACUGGGGUUAAGUGAUUUGCCCAGGGUCACACAGCUAGUAAGUGUCAAGUGUCUGAGGCCGGAUUUGAACUCAGGUCUUUCUGAAUCCAGGGCCACUUUAUCCACUGCACCACCUUGUUUAGAUCACACAUAGGAGUGUUGUGAGCCACAUAAUUGACACCUGUGAUCUAGGUCAUCCACUCUUCUUCAGGCCUACCCAAUUAUGCCUGUCUUUAGUCUCCUUUCCGGGUUUUGACAAGUUAUAAGUCUUGUGAUUUAAAGUUAAUGAGUAUUUAAUGUGUUCCCCUUCAUGGGAUAUUUACAGAUAGCAAUAAUAAGAUUUUCUACUACUGGGAAUUUUAAACACUUGUGGCAGGUCAGUAAUUAAGAUUUCUUUUAAGGAGUUGGGCCUUUGUACUAUAAUAGAAAGAGUUCUGGUUCUGGAGUCAGAGGACUUGAGUUCAAAUCCCACCCCUCAUAUUAAUUACCUUGUGACCUUGGAAAUCUCUGUGUUUUACUACAUGGUUAGUUUUUGUAUAAAUAUAUAUGUAUACGUAUAUAUUCUUUAGCAGUACUAUUUAGAAGAUGCCAUGUCUUUUAGCUUUAGUUCCCCCAGCAAUUUGUUCAGUUCUUUAUUUUCCUUUUUGUUUAUCUUUCUAUUAUAAUUAUCCAAAACUGAAAGACAUUGAAUAAUCUGCCACUAUUGUAUUGCUGCUUAUGUCUUCUCCUAAUUCCGUUAAAUGCAAAAGAAUUUAGAGCACACAAGUUUAAUCUUGAUGCUGGUCUCUUUAU